AUGUACCUCACUUCUGCACUCAUGGCUUUUGCUGCCAGCAUCAUUACUGUUUCCGCCACUACUGUCCCAGAAGGUAACUACGUGGUGACAAGGUUCAGUAAUGGUACUCAAGUCUACGAUUCCACUGAAAACGGAGUUUCUCCCAUUGUCCUCACCCCUGAGGACGUCGCAGCGCUACAAGCUGCGAAUCGACGCGACAUGCUCUCAUCGGCAACGCUAUCCAAGCGCCGUACCGAUUGCUGGGGUUAUCAACUCGAAGAAUUCGCCAUUGAUAGGUUAUUCGAAAGCCUUACCGAAGGUUAUGCUGGCAACGGGGAGACGCUUUGUGCAGACGAACCAAAUACCACAAAAUCCGUUCAAAUAUUGAGGAAUCAGAUGAUGGUAUACUACUGCAUCAACCAACCCGGACAAUGUGGCAAUCUCAACCGGGAGGAUGUUAAUUACGCAAAGGUUCAAAUGGAUGCCAAAUGCCGCCGUUACGAAGCGUCGUGGUUUGAAUGGCCAGGGAGCUAUGAGAUUGUCGGCAAGGCAAGACAGGGAGCGGAUGUUUGCAAGGGUGGCAUGAAUGGCGUACCUUUCUAG